AUGGAAAGAUAUAGAAAAACCGGUUCUGCAGAAGGCAGAGCUCGCUCAUGGAGACCAAAGCUACUCACAUCCAAAGACAAGCAAACACUUUCACAAGAAUCUGAUGGGCAUUUACGAGAGAAAUUGCUGAGAUGUCCAAUACACCAAUCUCCAAAAGUACUUUUCGAAGAAUUUUACGCAUUUUUAGAUCCAAGCAGAUGUAUUGUAUUUCCCGAAGCUCUCUUAGCAGAGACUUAUAUUGAUGCACGAAAGAAACGGGAUGAAGAAUGGAAGACUUGUGAUCUAGAGUGCCGAACCUCGUUUGGUCUUUUUAAGACCGAUAGGCCAACACAUUUGUGGAGAAGCCCGGAUGAUAGCCAAGGAUCUAGGGAGAUGGAGAAUAAGUCAUGGUUUAGAGUUGUCUCUGGGCAAGAGGUAUUAGUUCCCUCUUUAUCCUGGAUGGACAUAUAA